AUGCGUGUAGUAUUUCGUGUACAAGGUGUUAGUGGGGUGGUUGAAGGAACAGAGUCAGCAGCUGAUUCUUCUAGCAAAGAUGAACAGAAGAAGGAUUUCAAGCAGAAAGAUGACAAAGCGUUGUUGAUUAUCCACCAAUGCGUGGAUGAUACGCACUUCAAGAAGAUCAAGAAUGCAACUUCAGCCAGGGAAGCGUGGAGCAUCUUGGUUCGUUGUCAUUCUAGAGGAGAAAAGGUCAAGAAAAUGAAGAGUUGUGGUGAGACUAUUAUAGACGUGAUGAUAAUGGAGAAAAUUAUGAGAUCAAUGCCUCCUGUGUUUGAUCUCAUUGUUGUGGCCAUAGAGGAAUCCAAAGAUCUGGAAAAGCUCAAGAUCGAGGAAUUACAAAGCUCAUUUGAGGCCUAUGAGAUGCGAAGACGUGAAAGAAAUUCAAUAAAUCGUGAUGAUCAGAAUAAGAAAGCUCAAAGCAAGGAAGCACAUUUGGUGAAAGAUGAGUCUGAUUCAGAGCCAUUGGUUCUAAUGGUUACAACUUGUUUAGUAAUUGUUGCAUUGACAAAUCAAGUAAGCAAAGAAUGGUAUUUGGACUCGGGAUGCUCAAAUCACAUGACACACAACAAAGAGUGGUUGGUCAAUCUGGAUGAAGGAAAGAAAAGCAAUGUCAGAGUUACGGAUGAUAGUUAG